AUGAGCACUAUCAGCAGCAGUUCGCAGCAGUCGACGCUUCACUUUGUGUUGCCAUCCGUGGCCGUGCUCGGCACCUGCCUGGCGCCGGCGAUCCUGGUGGCCGUCGCACGGCGACCAGGCUCGCAAUUGGGGGAGGAGGCCAGGAAUACGGUGGUCAAGCCGCUGUCACUGCUCUCUUUGCUGAUCAUCCUGCUCUGCUGUGUCUUCCUCCUGUCAAACUACAGUGUCAGCAACCUUUAUCUCUUCGCCGUGUACAGCCUACUCUUGGCUUUGGCAAACCUUUUAGCUGACCGACUGGUCAGGCAGAAGGUCUGGCCAUUCCUGGCCGUCUGGCACUUCUUUAACCUGCUGAACUUGUUUGGUGGCGGCGUGAGUCUGCUGCAGCCAUACAGGUCUGGCACGGAAGGCCUGAUACCCACGAUCUUCAAGAUCUCCGGGCAGUUCGGUGGCGAGUGCCCGACUGGCACUUUCAAGGUCGACUGGUGCGACGAUGCUUGGAUCGCUUUCCAGAUGAUUGUGGCUUUCAUCUUCCUGGCACUGCACAUUUCGGCCUUCUUUAUUGUCCUCUACCGCUGCGUGCCGAUGGCUGGACCUUCGCCCGCGCGGGAGGAGGCGGCCGCGUCGCUGGUCGACAGCAGCGAGGUGGCCAACAGCACGGCCGGCGCACAGCCUUUCUGA